CCGGACUGCUUGUGUCAUGUGGAAUUCUGUGCUUGCAUUGGACUGAAACCGAGAAAGUACGACCAGAUGUGUUUGCACUCUUCCAACAACACAAUCUGUCAUCCACUGCAGACGACAGAAAUCUACUCGAGUCGGCAAACUGACGAUCACGUCUCGUGCGACUGCGGCGGCGGCGACUGUGGCGUCGACGGCCCCUGCUCGUGCACGUGGCCGUGGCUGCGACCUGGGCUCUUGGUCUGCCUGCGCUCUACAGCGGGCGUCAAGUGCCGCGUUGUCAAGAUGGAUCACGACCCUUCAUCUCGUGCAGACCUGCAAUUCGAUGACAUAUGCACCUGUUACCGUGGCAACUGCUACUGCAACUGGAGGGAGAUCGAACCAAACGACGAGGUGUGUUCGCUCUCUCUGGGCGCAGCACUCUGCUACUCCGUGUCGGUCCGUAGUCGAUGUGGCGUCGCAUCAAUGGGCGUCGUACGAGGCAGGAGAGCGACUCCAAAAGAGGUUUCCUGUGUAUGUGGUGGUGGUGACGUCUGCACAUGUUACUGGAGUCGUGUGAGCAACAGAGACAGCAUCUGCAUUGAUGACCAGGGACAAAAUAUUUGCUUGAAAGUACUCCAGGAUUCAACAACUCAGGUUUUCGACGACGAUCGCCAAGUUUGCUCCUGCUCGGAUGUAAGGUGCGUCUGCAAGUUUGGAAGAGUAGUGGAAGGGGCCGAGAUUUGUUUGAAAUCAGCCAGUGGCACCACCUGCACUAAUGCUCGAGUUUUGGACGACGUCGACCGGAACCGUGCCAAAUACCAUUAUGCAUGCGUGUGUGGUAGCGGCGACUGCAAAUGUGUUUGGGAUUUUAUGAGGAGCAUAAGAAAAGUGUGCAUGGUGCGCCAACAACAGGAGACAUGCUUGUCAAUCAAGGAAGAGAAGUCAACUGCUGUGCGACAACAGGGUGGAGAUUGCAAAUGCUUACAGAAAAAGUGUGUCUGCGAGUUCGAAACUCUGCCAAAGGACAGCAAGAUUUGCUUUCACGCAACCAACGUCGUGGAAUGCAUCCCGCCCCCAAAGGCAACCCAAGACGAUGAGUUGGGAAGAGCUGGCGUUGCCGAGAACAGCCUGCUGCAGCAGCCAUCAUUGAAAAAGUGUGAUGGAAUCGGGGGGGAGCCUGUCAGACCAGGAGUGUAUAUGUGCCUUUUGGCAGCAGUAAUAGAGCUGCAAGAGCCACAUUCUUUAAGGAAAGCGUAA